CUGAGAGCAGCAUGGUGGAUCACACGAGCGUCUCCGCGAAGUCUGCGCUGUCAGCCUCCUUCUCCUCCGCCUCCAGCUUCCCCCCUCUCCCGGCUCCCACCGUAACCUCUCCCGGCUCGUUCCCAAGCUCUCAGGCUCCUCCGGCGGGCGGCGGCAUGAAGCUGGAGGCGGUGAUGGAGACUCUGCAGCGGCAGCAGGCGGCUCGGCUCGCCCUGGAGGAGAAGCUCCGGCAGGCGGAGGCGGAGAAGGAGCUCCGGUCCAUGGUGGAGGCUCAGAUCCAUCAGCAAGCGCUGGUCUUCAGACGGUACCAGGAGGCUCUCAGGGGAUCCGGCUCCGAUCAUCACGGGCUGUCCCUGCAACGCAUGGAGGACCGGAGAGGAGUCAGACCGGACCGGGAGGACCAGGAGGAGCUGGACGAGCAGGAGAUCCUGGACGAAGAGGAGGAAGAGGAGGAGGAGGAGCUGGACCACUUCACGCCGCGGGAGUCCUCUCUGCAGGGAGCCCCGCUGCAUCUCCUCACCCGGGUCCCGUCCGCUUUACCGCCGGGCCGCCGUGCAGAGACCCCGACCCCCUCCCUCACCCAGAACCAGAACCAGCAGCACGAGUGGACUUACGAGGAGCAAUUCAAACAGCUGUACGAGCUGGACGAUGAUGAGAAGCGUAAAGAGUUUUUGGACGAUCUGUUCAGCUUCAUGCAGAAACGAGGGACUCCGGUGAACAGGAUUCCUAUCAUGGCCAAACAGGUGCUGGAUCUGUACUCUCUGUACAGACUGGUGACUGAGAAAGGAGGAUUAGUGGAAGUCAUCAACAAGAAGAUAUGGAGAGAGAUCACCAAAGGACUACACCUCCCUACAUCCAUCACCAGCGCUGCUUUCACACUCAGAACACAGUAUAUGAAGUACCUGUACCCAUACGAGUGUGAGAAGCGGGGGCUGUCCUCGCCAGGUGAGCUUCAGGCAGCGAUCGACAGUAAUCGCCGUGAGGGCCGCAGGCAGAGCUACGGGUCGGCCAUCUUUAAUUACUCUCCUGUGGGCACCCCCACCCUGCUGAACCCUCAAAAGAUACACCUGUCCCACCUGUCCAUGCCCCCCCACAACAGCGGCCACAUCAGCCAGGUGCCCGGGAUCAAGAAAGAGGAGUCCAUGAUGUCUAGCUGUCUGCCCGGCCGGGUUCCCCUCCCCCUGUCCCCUGACAGACACAGAGCAGCCCAUGCAGCAGCUCAGGCAGCGGCGGCAGUGCAAGUGGCGGCUCUGGAGCAGCUAAGGGAGAAGCUGGAGGGCGGAGAACCACCACAGAAGAAGAAGAUGAUGAUGGAGGAACAGCAGAGGAUGAUGCACCACGCUCUGCAGCACAACCUGCUGGCCAUGAGAUCCACCCUUCCACUCAACAUCACACUGCACAACACAGAUGAUAGACAAGAGGCCGCAUUGAACCUGUCUACCAGCGGCAUUAGCAGCAUCAACAUGUCAAUAGAAAUAAAUGGAGUUGUCUACACAGGUGUGCUGUUCUCAGGUGAGUCGCUGAUGACGGGACACCGCGGGAGACACAGCAGCUGUCACACUCAGGGAAAGAGCAGUCCCUCUCACUUCCAGCCCUCCUCCUCCGCCUCUUCAUCCUCCUCCUCCUCCUCGCUCCACAGAAACUCCUCCCCCUGA